UCAGUCUCUCGCGCAAAGCGGUGCCGCGGCGACGCGACGCGACGUUACGCUCGGCAGAGCUUGCGGCUGGUGUUCGGUCCAGGCUCUCCUCUCAUCGGCCGCGUUCGUUUGCGUCUUUUCUUUCCGACGCUUUAUUUUUCCCGAGGUUUGUGCCUCCGCACUGUGAGUUCCGUAGAACGCGCGCACGAUACGCGGAAGAGAAACGUGCAACAGCACUAGAUCUCGCGCGCGCUAGAAACACGAUCGGAAGGAACGAGAGCGCGCGCGAGAGAGAGAGAGAAAGAGAGAGAAAAGCGUUCUGCUAUUUUCGAGACGCCGCGAAGUCUUGCCAAAGCGCGUGCCUCCUCCGGGCCCGCGGACGGCAAGAAUUGCGGCCGGAAGGUCGCGGUAGUAACCCGCAUUUCCGCUCGAUCGCUCCUCCGAGAUCAUCGAUCGAUCGAGGCGAGCAGCGCGAUCUCGGUUUCUCCGAGAUGUUUUGCCGGAGUGCGUUCUGGAUCCAGCGACACGAUCUAUCUAAAGCUAGCUACCAACGUAAAGUUGUCUGUCAAUGGGAUAUGGACAUCUCACUCUAUGAUCAGUGAUAAGCAAAUUGGAGCAUCGUAAGAUAAUUCGUUCGAGUUAUUCUUGUGAACGACGUGGUUUGCAUCGACAGAGUUCUGCCGCCGCUUGAUUCGCUUCGACGUGGGUUUCUAAUUAAUUGAUCUCGCGCCCGAAAUAAAUCCGUUUAACGACGAUACGAUUGUCGAAGACAUGGUUCGUCGCGAAACGUGAUGGAAAAUUGAAUUGCUCAAACGUAAUCCCGAGACGACCAACGCGUUGACAUUUCUUGCCGUAACAGAGCCCAUCAUCGACGUACACCUCUCUGGUGGGCUUUUUUCCGGUGGUCAUCAUAUUUCCUGCUCGCAACGGAGGCGACGUCGAUAUCUCGCUUUUACGAGCGUUCCUCAGGGGGAUGUUUUCGCGAUAAAUAGUCGGACAACCGAGAAAAAGAGACUGAGAAAGGAGAGAUCUAUCUUCCCGUAAAUCGACGAAUAGCUUGGGUCGCUUUCACGAGACCGAGCACGUUUAUUGAUGGAAAACGCACGCGAACGAUUGAUAGCACCUUGCAAAAUCACUUUAGACACACGAGAUAAGAUUGUUAACGAAAAAGAAGAAGGGUAUUACGAGAAAUACGCGAGCCAAUAGCGUUAAUAAACACGAUUCGAUCUGGUGUCGAAGAGGAUUCUGCGCUGAUUAAUUCCGCUCCUACUCGUGGUGCAGAUGCAAAAGUGUUUUCUUGCGCGAGAUAUGUAGAACGAGAAUUAGGUUGAUCAACGCGGUUCGAACAGCAGGAAACAGCUAAAAGUUCGACUGAAUGAGAACGACCAGUAGGAGUAGGAUAGGAGAAAGUGACAACGGAUGAACGUUGGAUGAUGUGCGUAGCGAAUCGAUAGUCAUUGAGUACGCACGGAACGUUGUUUCGUCGAUUAUAGAGACGUAGAGAAAAUAAAAAUAGAUAAAGAAAGAGGGGGAAAGUGUGCGCGAGAGGUUGAAGAAAGCAGAAAAAUGCGAGCUACGGCUGAUCAACGACAAUCGAGGACUGCUUGUGAUCGGUGCGUCGUCGCCGAGAAUGGAGGAUAAAUUUAUCCGCGUCGCGAAGAGGAAUGCGGCAGAAGCGUGGAGGAAGAGUGGCACGAGCACAUCGCGGAACGCCGCAGUCGCAUUUCCGGUUUAAAUUUAACAUGAUGAUACGCGUGCUUUCGCAAUUAGCCGACAUGGAGACCGCCGAAUUUAACUGGAGAGUAUACGAUGUUGGAAGGUGGACGUGCAGUGAUCUGGCACCUAGUAUCAGCCCCUCGUGCUGCACGCCACUCGAAAGAUUCACGUACUAACUGCUAGUCGCACCCGCGUGUGUGUUGAACCCCCACCAGUUGCAGGGUGUACUGCACUGUAACCCCAUGACGCAUUUAACACAUGGCCCGUCUGGAGAUACCGAGCAUAGUAGUGUAUAAAGGAAGCAGGUCGCAGGAUCGACCUGAGAGUCCCACGGUGGUGGUGCGAGGAGGAAUGCCCUCACUGCCGUCCUCCAGGCAAGGCCUCGCCGUAAGUGGCUCCGGUGGUGGUGCAUCUUUCCAGGACGCCUCGGAGUCGGAUAUGAUAGACGGGAAUGCCAACCCCAACGUCGGCACCUCCCCCGUACCGAACUCGCUCCACCGUCCCACGUCCUCCUGCCAGCCGCCCGACAAAUCGGACACUGAAAGCAAAAACUUUCGCAAUCGGACAAACACGAAACUGAAGCUGUUAGUUAGAAGCCAUGCCAUGAGAGAAUCGACGUCCCCGCCGCGGGAACCGCACGGCAACGGUCCAUCGUCGCCGCAUAGUCCGCAGUCGGCGGACGGCGAGAAGAAGAUCGUGUGUAGCCUCUCACCCAACUCCACCGGUGCCAAGCUCAACAACAACGAGUCCAUGUUCAACAGCAAUCUUUGCUCCGCUCAAUCCCCUAAACAAAUGCGCAACACGGCGACCUCGCCGACCUGUCGGACACCGUCGCGAAAUGGUCAAUCUAGUCCCUCUCAGGUACAUUCACCAAAGAACAUCACUUCUCCGACCAAUGGCAAUAAAUUGGAGAGCCAUCGCUCCAAAUUCGCUAGCGCGAAUAUUGUUCAGAAGUGCAAUAACUGUGUGAAGAACAAUCAGAACGAACGACCGGGUCUACUGCAGACUCCGAUAUCACCCACUAGAUCCGGUCAACCGUUACAGCAUUCGCCGAAGAGCACUAAUCUCGCUCCAUGUGGCCAGAAUAAUCAGCACAAAUCCGAACAACGAAGACCGAACACGUUGAACAUCUGUAACAAUCAAUGCUCGGCACAAUGCGGUAAUACGCUCUCGGUGAGCAGGCCCGGUUCUAGGCACAAGCUGAGACACCAGAAUUCGUCCCAGGGCAGUUAUGACAGCGCGUCGCCAUGCCUCUCGCGUGAUAGUAGCACGGAGUUGUACACAGACAGCAGCGGAAUAGAUCUCGAGCAUUUCAUUGCGGAGACUAUUAACCGUAAUCAGAAGGAUCGUACAGUAUUGCUGAGGAUCGAAAAAGAUUUGAUCGAGUUUGCAAAGGACCGACAAAAAGUCUCUCACAAGUUCCCCAACAUGUCAUCGUACAACAGGAUGUUGGUGCAUCGAGUAGCAGCUUACUUUGGGAUGGAGCACAACGUGGAUCAGUCGGGUCUGAGCGUCAUCGUUACGCGGACGAAAAACAUGCGAAUACCAGAUAUUCGUUUCAAGGAACACAUCAGAGAUGAUCUGAUCCUGUCGGAGGAGCCGCGAAGAAGCAUUUUGAAGCGAGACUCGAGUUCGUUCGAGGAUAGCUUCAACUUCAAGUCGCCUGAUAGAAUGUCGAACGAUUACUGCCGGCGCAGCAAAAGCUUCGAGGAGCGGGAAGAGGAAUACGAACGCGCCAGACGGAGGAUAUUCAAGGACAGCAGCGGCGAAAGUAGCGAAGUUACGUCCUGGCCGUGGUCCUCGACGGAGAGUUCGGACGCUUCGGCGAGAUUUCGCUUGCUACAUCCAGAUCACCUAGUCAGGCAAAAUCGAUUUCUGAAAGGCGAGUCCUUUGAUGGAAGAGAUUCGUUCCGUCGCACGGAAUUACGCCCAUCCGUUUCUAAGUCAUUCAGUUUCGGUGGAUACACCAAAGGCAUGCUGUCGAGGGGGGACAGUGUCACGUCCACACAUAGCGCUGGAGCUCGUCUCAUGAAGCAAGAUUCAGGGGCGAGUAUGUGUUCACGCUUGAGUCCAAGUCGCUCGAGCAGCGGCUACAAAUCGCAGAGCCAGCGCAGUGAUGCAACGAUAUCGCCGUCUCCAUCACCCUCUCCUGUGCCGGCCGGCAUGACAUGUAGUCACACUCAAGUAUCUAGUCAGGAUUUAGUCUCACCAGAGUCGGGUGACAGUCAGACAGUUAUAUGGGCAGUCACCAAUUUGUCCAGCGUGCCACCCGGCAGCAUAAUAAUAAACCCACAAACCAAUCAACCGUAUACGAACCCGGACGGUUCAAUCUACCAUUAUGAUCCGGACAAUCCGCCAAAGUUCUUUGCCAUGGAGAACGAGACUGGCGCAGCACUUUCUGCUAACAAGCAGCAGGAGCAGCAGCAGCAGCAACAGCAGCAGCAACAGCAGCAGCAUACGGAAUUACCCUCUGAGCCGUCCAGAACGACGAAUGGCAACUUUAAGAAUGACGGUAGAAAGCAGAGGUCACCGCAAUCAAGGAUUAACGUCACAGCGACUUCUCAAGGGGCUCAAGUUACAAACACAGCGACGUCGCCGAGUUUGCCGUUCACUCCGCCGCCACCGCCGCCACCUCCACCUCCUCCUACUUCUGCCCCGCAGAAUCUACCCCUACCCAUUCCGCAACAACAGCAGCAACAAGCGCAGCAACAGCAGCCGCAAUCGCAGCCGCCACAAACGCAACCGCACCAGCAAAGUCUAGUCAAAUCGUCAACGACGCUACCGAUGUUUAGUCAUACUAACCAAACAGCUCAACAACCGUACGCGACCUACGUACCUACCUCAGAACCGUAUAAUCAGGGUGUCUAUCCGCCCCCUAUGGGGCAACCGACUGUGAUGAUGGCGUCUCAUCCGACUCAGGGUCAAGCGAGCAUGCAAAAUGGCGGUCAAGGGGACGUUGUCUUCAACCAAAAUCAGGUCUACACCAAUUACGCGGUACCUGUGCAUCAAGGACCAAUACCACAAUCAGGGGAUAUGGCCGAGUUGUCUGGAUAUUUCUUAGGAAUGAAUAUUUACGAUCAGCGUGGCAGCGGGGACAGUCACUCUACGCCUCCGCACUCCACGUAUCCGCCACCGCCGCCCUCCGCGAACCAGACCAUGCAGACUGUGCAGUCGAUACAACCGAAUUAUUGGCAAUCACCACCAAAUCAAAUACCGCCCCAACAGACCAUGUACUUUGUACCUCCACCUGGGACGGCGAUCUCUGUCAGUCAGAAUCCGGGGGACAGGCAGCAAUUGCAUCAGCAACAGAGGUUCCCAACAAAUUACUCCUUCAAUGCGCAAACGAUGACGCCUCCGAGCCAAGCGAGUUCUAAUUAUGUCGGUAGUUACCCGGUACCUUACAAUUCAGUGCCGGCAGUAACUCCAUCACCUGGCGACUAUACGUACCCACCUCCGGUCCAAAUGGUUCCUACAUACUAUCCGUCGGGACAACCGGCGAUGCAACCACCGCCUGUGAUGUACAGAGUACCUACGCCACCAAACACACCGACGUCUAGUCAAAUACCUGGUAUGCCGUUGAUGUAUGUCAACUCGAGCAACUAUGCAGCCCCAACGAUGGUGACAGGUGGAACGUUCGGACACCAAGUCACCCAUAACGGCACCUCCCCGGCCCCACCUAGCGCAUACAUGGCACCCACCCUGGUUCCCAAUCUCGUCUUCAGACAAAACGUUCCUGUCGUUUCCAAUAUACGGGCGACAACACCAGGUAACUCUCAAAGAGCUAGUCGGUCUCCAACUCCGGCGCAUGAGCUCUUUGGAGGUGGAAGCGGGGACCGAAGCGCACAACCUCAACCACGUUAUCCACUGCCAAUGUAUCAGGGUGUCCAUAUCGUGCAAGGUAUAUUUUUAAAUGGAGCGUACAAAUCGUUAAAUUGUUCUCUAUGUACGAUCGUUAAAAUAUCUUUAAAUGCUGCAGGGGACAUGAGAUUGAUGCAUCCAGGCGUACCAUCUAACCCCCGGUUGCAGUACGCACCAGUAUCAUCACCGCCUGUUGUUCAAGGUUGCCCGCGGCCGUACAGGCCGCCUUCGUCUAACACCUCGGGAGCCGGUACGCCGACUUCUUUUGAUGGCAGAAAUCAGAAAAUUCGCAAACAGAGGUCCAAAGUAACAUCUUUACCACCGAGCGGCGCACGACCCAAUUUUUAUCAGACAUCUCCCAUGUCAUCGCUCUCAUCCAACGUACCCAAAGACAUCGGAGAAGGAACGGUGAAGGUGACUAUCAACCAUCGACGAAAUCAAGUACAAUUCUGAGCAAAUGGAUCAGCUGAUAACAUUGCUAAUAAUGUCACAAUCUUUGAUAACGAACAACAAUUGUGAGAUUGGCAACUUUCUGUUCAGAGAGACACGAUGUAUUCCUAACAUGCCAUGUUAAUUAUUACUCUGAAUUAUUUAAAAAGAAGCAAGAGAGAUGUUAUUGGAGGAACACACGCGCGUGCACGUACAUCCCAAGUGAAAAGAAGAAUAGCAUCCGGUUACGCGAAUUUUUUUUUAAUAAUACAAAAACAUGAAAUUUAAUCCUUACUGGAAAGACUUUGAGUCACACUGAAUUUACAGUAAAACUGAAUUACUAUGACGAUGCUAAGGUACGAUACAAAACGAAGAAGGACAAAACGUGAUUACAUGCCCAGAUGUAAGAAACGAUAACAAAGUGGUGCACCGAAUAGAGUUACUGGACAAAAUUUUAAUUACUAUUAUAAUAUUAUUGUACGUGCAAUAUUAUCAUAUGUGUAUAUAUGUAUACACACACACACACACACAUACAUACAUACAUACAUAAAUACAUAUGUAUGUAUGUACAUAUGUAUAUGUAGAUAUACAUAUAUACAUAUAUAUAUAUAUAUAUAUAUAUAUAUAUAUAUAUAUAUAUGAAAUACUUGAAGAUAUUUUAACUGCGAUUUUACAGAUACUAUAUAUGAAUGUGAGAUUUACUUUUAAGGAGCAUUAUCGUUAAGAUCAAAUACGAAUCUCCCGAGGUAGUCGUCACAGUGAUUUCCGACUGUCGGGAGAAUAUGUAUGACGAUUAAACUAAUGUACGGGAAAGACGAAAAGAAAAGAGUACAUCUUACUGAGUACGUUUACAAAACGCGCAGGUCUUUCGGCUUAGUGUUAAUGGCGAUCCAAAACGAAAAUCUAUCUUACCCGCUAAUUUUGAUACACUCGCUGCCAUCGCAUCGGUCAACGAAUGUUGCGUUAACGUCGCUGCCCAUUCCGAGUCCAUUUUUUGAACGAGUUUGCUACCUCAGCGUAAUGUCUAUAAAAAAUUCUAAAAGUUGACCGUGCGUUGACGAUGCCAGCCCUUACGCUUUUCUCUAACACGUAUUUAUUGUACGUGAAUAAUGACUUCUUACACUCUUUGCAAAAAUUACAUAUAAUUUGUACAAACGUAUACACACAUUCUCUCUCUCUCUCUCUCUCUCUCUCUCUCUCUCUCUCUCUCUCUUACUCAUUUUCAUCUCGGAAGUUUCUAUUGUGUUCUAUGAAACGCUGUAUAUCGACUUUGCAAGGAAAAACAAAAUAAUAAUCACCUGAAAAAUAAAAUCUAACAUUUUACAGUUUCGCGACAUUCUGUAAUGUUAAAUUAUCAAUUAAAUGUAUCUAAUCGCUCACAAUUCACGAUUAUACCGGUAAGUGUCAUUGACUAUGAGUAAAUAUGUAAACGUAUUCAGUACAUAAUCUUUAUGUCUAGUUUCAAGCAGUAGUUAAGUAGCGUGAAGCCAUCACAGCCUAAGAAUUUAUGACCCAUGCUUUGUAAGAAAAAAGAAAGAUUGAAAUUAUCGUGCUCUCGCUUGCAACAACAGAUAAAUUCCUGUGUUUGAUACUGCGAUCAUGAAUCACCGUCAGCGAUUUUGUUUGUUCAUACUUAAUCAUUCUUCAGUCUCGAAAAUUUAGAAUAUGUUAAGUUUUUUUUACCACUUUGAUUCGUCUUCCAGUAUAUGCUAGCACGCUUCAUGAAUUUGACGGAAUCAUCUCUCUAUUAUUUAUAUGUACGUGUGUGUGUGUGUGGUGUGUGUGUGUGUGUGUGUGUGUGUGUGUGUUAUAUGUGUGUGUGUGUGUGUGUGUGUGUUAUAUGUGUGUGUAUAUGUGUGCACAUGUGUAUGCUGGAUAUACAUAGAGUAUAUCCGUUGCGUAUGUGUGUGAUAUUUUAUAUAAUAUAAAGUAUAUAUAUAUAUAUAUAUAUAAAUUUAAUAUAUAUAAUAUAUACAUAACAAUUAUUACAUAUUAAUAAAAUAUCAGGGUUGAAAUCGUUAUUUUUAUAAAAGUAACGCGUUACCGUUACCAUUACUUAGAAAGUAAUAAUUCAUUACUUUUUUACGAAAUCUCGAUAACUUUAUUUAGAGUGGCAUUCACUUGUCUAUGCCGCUGUUUGACAAAUUCAAUACGAAAUCUACAGUGGUUUUAGUUAAUUACAACAUAUGUAUAUAUCAGACGUUUAUGAGAUAAUGAUAAAGGUAACGAUAAAAUUUGUUACUACUACUUUUACACACAAAAAAGUAAUCAUUAUUAUCAAAAAAGUAACGGUGACGUAAUGGUCUUAUAAGUAACGCGCUACUUCCUAAUUCUGUAAUUAUAUACACACACGCACACAUUCACACACACACACACACACACACACACACACACACACAUACAUGCGCGCGCGUGUGUGUGUGUACAAUUAUAAACUAGAUAUAAUGUGAAAUGAACAGCCUGAUUGCGUUGUGUGAUUUGAAGACAUUCAUGCACUUUUCUCUUGAAUCUGUAUUUCUUUUAUCUGAGAAUUGCUAAUGUAUAAAUCUUUUUACUAUUAAUCAAUCGUAUUUCGUGUGUUUUUGAUUGAAAAUCAAGAUCAAUGAUAUGUUUAUAAAUUUCUAGGAAGCUUGCUUCUAUUCGAUAUUCUCUAAAAAUUCAAACUUCAGUUUUAAUACUAUUUACUUAUAUGUAUAUAUAUGUAUACUUUUUAUAUAUAAUCACACACUACAGACAUAUUUGUGUGUACAUACAUACGUACAUACACAUGUAUGUAGAUAUAUAUCACACGACAGAUGUAUUUUUCUCGUACACUCGUUUCAACGAAAUAGAGACAUAUGCGACAUAUAUGUAUAUGCGAUACAUAUGCUCACCGAUAGGGGUGAUGGUGACACGCGGUCACGGUAAUUAAUAACGUCUCCGUCUGUGAAAACUAGGUGGACCGGCGCGGGCAGAUCUCGCGCGACUAGAUUAUUACAUGCGCGGUACAUCGUUACUUUUACUUUAAGAAAAUGCGAAUUAACCCACAUUUUCGCAAAAUAAUUAGAGUAGUUUCGCCAAAAAAAAAAAGAGUAGCAAUCGAUCUCGUUAAUCGUUACCUCGUAGCGUAGAUCGCGAGGAAUGCCCGCGUUGCUCUGCAAAAACACAAAAACCAAGUGGAAUCCAUCCAGAAGCUUCGCUUACGGUGAUUGUACUUCAGAAACGUAGGUGAAGGUGUGCCUAUCUUUUUAUGAGAGUUCAAAUAAUCGAGAAAGAGCAUGUGACAUGUUUAGCCGCUAACGCGAAUGUAACACUAUUUUUUCUUCGUGAGAAAGUGUGACAAGCGUUUUAAUCUCGUUACAGGCUAAGAAGAGAAAAACAAGACAAAAAACCAGAGCGAAUGUAUACAGAGUGAAAAAGAUGUAGGUACCAAAACGCACUUCGAUUAUAAAGAGAUGGGCGCACAACUAUAGUAUUUAACUGUACCUAAUGUCGUCGUAGUGAGUUAAAGAAAAAGAAGCAUAAUUGUACCUAUUAAGCAGAAAAGCAGUUCACGCAUCUCUUUAAGAUAACAAUGGAAGGCGAGGAGGGGAAAAGACGCAACGGUGAAGGAAUUCACCGGCCGUCGAACGCGGGAUCGCCAUCAAGUAUCGUCCGACAUUUCGCGGCAUCAUAUAUUUCGUAGACAUUUAAUUCAUGUGAUUUACUACGUAUCUCGACGCGCGAGAGACCGGGGGGAGUAUUUGAGGAGAGAAGAGAAACCAAGAGGUGUAAUCGGGCGUAAUAGUGCGUGUACAAUGUCGCGUGGACGUUACUAUGUUUGUUAGGGUUGCCGCUUAUCUCCUUUUCUAACAAAGUUCGGCAAACCAAAAGUCACAUAAAAAUUGAGCGAACGAUCGUGCAUAUUUAUCUUCUCGUUUCGGUCAUUUAAUUUACAUUCGAUACACCUGUUCGGCCAGGAUUUUCCAUUUGAAAUUUUUUUAGAGAAAAGUUACGAUUUUUAAAGUUAAACUUCACGAUUUUUUUUUUAACGAUAGCUAUUGAAUGUAGAAAUGUAAUGUUUUGAAUGUAUAUUUAUUCAUGUUGAAACUACUAAGAUUUGCCAGAGAUAUUUAUUAUUAUUUAUUUCUGCAAUAAUUAUGUACACCAUUAAGAAAUUUUUAAUACAGGAUAUGUGGUUUAUAUCUUCAAGAAUAAUUAAGCUUGGGAGCUUUUAAGAAUUCAUAUAUUAAACAUGAAUAAAUGUGUAUCCAAAUCUUACAUUUCUAUAUUUCUUUCUGUAGCUUUCUUUUUAAAGAAUCAUGAAAUUUACCUUAAAAAAUAAAUUUAUUACCUUCAAUUCCCAUGGAAGUUAGAGAAUAUUUAUGUGCUUGUUAUAUAUUGUUGUAUUUUACAUAGAAAUUUAUUAUACGCGUGUUGAAUGUAGCGAGAUUCUCGCGAUUAUUUUUAAGUUUAUUACUUCGAUUCGAUCGUAUUGGUGACGUGCGUUAUUCUUAACGACGUCUAUCUCGAAUUCUUACCUGCUAAAAAAAAAAA